ACUCUCAGUAUCGUAGUUGUUUGAUUUGGCCAGGAAUGAGCAUAAAAUUAUCACGCUCUUUUGGCAGACGAGAACAGGCAAAGGUUCACUUGUCAACCUGAUGACAAAACAGGAGGUAACGCCCACAGGUCCUGACAUGCGGCGUCGUACGUUGCAAUGUUCAGAAUCCGUCAACUUGGAUGACAAAACUUCUGAGGAUCCGAAUCUGAAAGUUAGGGACCAAUUCAUCCCUCCUAAAAUAAGUACAAGGAGGACAACACAUCAAAGUAUCGUGCUCUUUGGGGAUACGGGAGCAGGCAAAAGCUCACUCAUCAACCUUAUGGCGGGAGAGGAGGUGGCAUGUACAUCUCCUGACAUGCAACGCUGUACGAUGCACUGGCAAGAGUAUAACAUCAGCUUCGGCGACACGUCUUACAAAGUGUACGAUACCAUUGGACUCGAGGCACCGCAACUGGGAACUAAAGAGUAUCUCGAAUUUGUCGAGAACGCCUAUCAGCUCAUUAAACGAUUGGAUAAACAAGGUGGCAUCGAUCUGCUUUUAUUCUGUGUUCGCGCCGGUAGAGUUACUGCUACGCUGCAGAGCAAUUACAGGCUCUUUCACGAAUUCCUCUGCGAGAAGAAGAUUCCCAUCGUUCUUGCGAUCACGAACCUUGAAAGAGAGGGGAGGAUGGAGGAUUGGUGGGAGAGAAACGAGGGCACCUUCGACAACUAUCAGAUAAAGGUCGCUGGUCAUGCCUGCAUCGCCGCUGCCAAUGGAUUGGAUGGCAGACACAAAGACCUUUAUGAAGAAUCGCGCGCCACGAUCCGUGACCUUGUUGAAAAAUUUACUGCAGACGAGCAGAGACGAGCAUGGUCAGGAGGGGAUAGUCUGUUCGUGUCGCUGACGCGUAAACUGAAGGGGUUACUCAAGGGAAGUUCGCGUGUGAGAAGGAAGGAUCUCGUCACCCAUCUCACUAAGCGUUGCGGUAUUCCUCGAGCGGUCGCAAAACAGUUGGCUAAUAUGAUCAAGCAUGAUGCAUGACGUAUAAGCUACUUGACUUUGCCCUUUCUGCUCAUCCGAUUUUGCCCUUGUCCUUGUCAUCAAUAUGUCAUGCAUAGAUUGAUAUUACGUAUUCCAGUACCACGUUUUUGUAACGAACAUUACUGUUAGAACGUUGGAUUGAUGAAACCUGAUGGAACGCUGUCUGCUUGAGUAUCAAGAAGUCUAGGAAACUACGCAGCAUGUGAUGAAGUAUGCAGUGAUACUUGGAGGUAUACUCAGCGCGCCAUAUGCGAAUAUGGUGAAUGGUCAAUACCCGUUCCAGCUCUGGGACAGCGAGGGCCAGGCUAUGGCCUGUGCAACUCAAGAUUAAUCGAUUAAUUGAAUUUUA